UCCCAUAUUUGACAAUCCAUUUACCUACCUACACUGCGCAGUACAACACAAUCCCUGGAAAACAGCCCCUAAAAAUGCUUUUCAACACCCUCUCCUUCUUCCUCCCCCUCCUCUUCAUUACUCCAACAUCCUCAUCCCCAACACCUUCCGAAAUAUCAACAGCCCUACAAUCCUUCUCCAAGAUACCAGAAUGUUUCCUCCCGUCCCCAGGCCAAAACUGCGCGGGCCAUGCACAAACAGACAUCAUUGUGCAAUACGGCAAAAACACUUCGACCUCUGAACGAGACAUGUUCUUGAAUGCUGCGAGGGCCAGCGGUGCUGUGAUCCACAACGAGAUUAAUAACUUUGGGUUCACGGCCUUUGUGCCAAAAGACGUUGUCGAGUUGAUGAAGAGUUAUGGGGAGGUAGUUGGGACCAAGGUUUAUGGGAAUGGGUGUGCGGGGGUUCCUUGGUGUGGGGAGGCGCCUUGUUGA